CAAUGCAAUUUCGAGCUCGCACUGCGAGUCUCUGGUGGUCUCUGCGCACCGUUUUGCAUACUCACAAUCACAUUCACCUCAACUUCUAUUCUUUGGCUUUGCCCCAACCUCAGGUUUCUGCCAAUUCGCUCCAUAAUUGUGAUGGAUUUUUGCCUUGGUUGGAGCGGAAAGCCGAUUCAACGAUUUCUUCAUCGCUUUCCAUUGGGAAAUCUUCGUGUGGAAGGUCUCUGUUUGCUUCUAAGAUAAUACAAACUGGAGAUUGCAUUUUGAAGGUUCCUUACAGUGUGCAAAUAACUGCAGAUAAUCUCCUUCCUGAAAUCAGACCUUUUAUUGGUGAGGAAGUUGGAAAUAUUGCCAAACUUGCUAUUGUCAUUCUAAUUGAGAAGAAAUUGGGUCAGGACUCCGAGUGGUAUCCUUAUAUCAGCUGUCUUCCACAGCAAGGGGAGCUUCAUAAUACGAUAUUUUGGAAUGAAAGUGAGUUGGACAUGAUUCGUCCAAGUUCAGUUUAUCUGGAAACUAUUGACCAAAAGUCUCAAAUUGAAAAGGACUUUUUGGCAAUCAAGCCUGUUUUUGAAUGUUUCCUUCAAAGUUCUGGAGAUUUUACUUACAAGGACUUCAUGCAUGCAUGCACACUAGUUGGUUCUCGAGCAUGGGGAAGCACAAAGGGUUUAUCUCUGAUUCCAUUUGCAGAUUUCUUAAACCAUGAUGGGGUUUCAGAAGCAAUUGUAAUGAGUGAUGAUGACAAACAAUAUUCAGAAGUUAUUGCUGAUCGGGACUAUGCCCCUGGUGAACAGGUACUAAUAAGAUAUGGAAAGUUUUCAAAUGCUACAUUGAUUCUGGACUUUGGUUUUACAAUUCCACACAACAUUUAUGAUCAGGUUCAGAUCCAGUUUGACAUACCUCAGCAUGAUCCUCUGCAUGACACGAAGUUGGAACUCUUACAGCAAUACUUUGUUCCUCCAACCAAAGAUAUGAAGGGCUUGAAGUAUUCUGUGAAUUCCUUCACAAUCAAGGAAGUGAGGUCUGCUAGAGGAAAAGGGAAGGGUCUUCCACAAUCACUUCGUGCACUUGCUCGUGUUCUUUCUUGUACCACUUCUCAGGAACUUGACAAUUUGGUCGUGGAAGCUGCACAAACUGAUGGUAGGCUGGCUAGGCGCCCUUUACAAGAUGUCAGCAAAGAGAUACAAGCACACAUGAUGCUGUCAUCAUUAUUCAUCCAGUUAAUUGAGGAGCGCAGUGCAACUAUAAUGUCAUUGGAUUCUUCCUAUUCUCACUCCUUGUGUGAAAGACUUCCUAUUAGAAGACUAAUGGCUCGAGAUCUCCUACUUGGUGAGCUUCGGGUUCUCAAAUCUGCAUCUGCCUGGCUGGAGAACUAUUGUUUUUCCUUGACUUGAUGGUCAGUAAAAAUGGCUGCAGCAGUGCAGCGGACUACGAGAAAGGUUAUGCUUCCAGAACAAGUAGGCUGGCAUUAACACCAAUGUAAGAUUAGACUAACUAGAGAGGGGUGCGACAUAUAUAGUUUGAAGUGCAUAGGCUUAGAAAUCCUAGUUGGUAAAAUGCACUAGGGCUUAUUGGAAAGAGUUAAUGGAUAAUUUACGAAAUUACUUUAUGACUUCUAUAAGCUCUUUUUAGUUUAUUUUAAUAGUUUUUUUUAUACAAUUUAUUAAAAUAUGCUUUUUUUAGC